CUGUAAGGGAAGGAAGGGAGCGGAGCGGCGUCGCGAGCAGGGCGCCACCUGGAGGCACCAUGCCCCAUCCCGCCACCGCCCCUGUGAAGGCGGUAUUGCUCACUGGAAACAGGAAGAUAAAGAACUCAGUCUGAGUCAGGGUAGCUUAGAAAAAGAGGAGGUACCGGGCAGAAGUGUGGAAAGGUCUGCGGUAACUCAGUAAGGGUGGGUCCUCUCCAGGUCCGGCUCACAUCCGUGCAUGCGCAGUUCCAAAACGCCUGUGCACAUUUUUCACAGCCGCACACAUGUAGUCACACCCUCAAGAAAUAAUUCACUUUUUUCUUAGCCCCUGCAGUCGUCUGAGAUUAACACUUGGCUUACAGACCAAGGGGCGAAAGAAGAUUUAGGGAUGAGAAGAAGAAGAAAAAAAGUCCAGGGAGUAUCUUCAGGAAAGGGUUGAUCCAGAGGUUCAGGAGCAGAAAGCUGGGUACUGCUCACGGCUGGCCAUCACAGGGCCUUAGUGCCCUCGCCCAGAGGACUUGGGACAAGAGCCUCAGUCUGGAUGACAGCAAGUUUUCCUUCAGGACUCAAACAGGACUGAGGUUCGGGGCCCCUUCCUCCACGGGAGGCACAAGGCCGCCCCGCCCCUCCCGGUAGAUCCGAGCUGGACUUGUUAGGAGAGGUUUCCUCGCUUGGACGACCUGAGGACUUUGUGCUUCCAACUCUUGGCCUGGCCACCCUAGGACCUUAGCGUCCCCGUCAGUGACGGAGUCCCUGAGCAUCAAAAAAGCAACUGCUGGUGAGACCAUGUCUAGCAAUGGGACAGAUGCGCCUGCUGAAGCUCCAGCUGCUGUGGAGGAACCUGUGACGCAGCCCAGUGUGGUGGGCCGUGUUGCCAGCCUGCCUCUCAUCAGUUCCACGUGUGAGAUGGUGAGCGCCGCCUACACCUCCACCAAGGAGAUCUACCCCCACGUCAGGACUGUGUGCGAUGUGGCUGAGAAAGGUGUCAAGACCCUUACCACGGCUGCGGUCAGCAAGGCACAGCCCAUCCUGUCCAAGCUGGAGCCCCAGAUUGCAACGGCCAGCGAGUAUGCGCACCGAGGGCUGGACAGACUGCAGGAGAGCCUGCCGGUCCUCCAGCAGCCAACUGAGAAGGUUUUGGCAGAUACUAAGGAACUGGUGUCAUCUACAGUGUCCGGGACUCGCGAGAUGGUAUCCAGCUCAGUGUCCAGUGCAAAGGACACAGUGGCCACCCGGGUCACAGGAGCGGUGGAUGUGACCCGAGGGGCUGUGCAGAGCAGUGUGGACAUGACCAGGUCAGCAAUGACCAGCGGUGUCCAGUCAGUCGUGGGCUCACGUGUGGGACAGAUGGUGAUUAGCGGAAUGGACAGGCUGCUUGUGACAUCAGAGGCCUGGGCAGACAAUCGCCUGCCCCUGACAGACAAGGAGUUAGCCCUGAUUGCCACGUCCCUGGAGGACUCAGACAUGGCCUCACUGCAACAGCAGAGACAGGAGCAGAACUACUUUGUCCGGUUGGGCUCGCUAUCUGAGAGGCUGCGCAAUCACGCCUAUGAGCACUCACUCGGCAAGCUGCGGAACGCCAGGCAGAGUGCACAGGAGGCACUGCAGCAACUCACACACGUGCUCAGCCUGAUGGAAUCAGUGAAACAGGGCGUGGACCAGAAGCUGGGGGAGGGGCAGGAGAAGCUGCACCAGAUGUGGCUCAGCUGGAACCAGAAGACCCCACAGGAUGCUGAAAAGGACCCAGCUAAGCCAGAGCAGGUGGAGGCCUGGGCACUUGGCAUGUUCAGGGACGUCGCCCAGCAGCUGCAGAGCAUGUGUGUGGCCCUGGGGGCCAGCAUCCAGGGCCUGCCCAGCCACGUCAGGGAGCAGGCCCAGCAGGCUCGACGCCAGGUGGACGACCUUCAGGCCACCUUCUCCAGCAUUCACUCCUUCCAGGACCUCACAGCUAGUGUUCUUGCCCAGACUCGGGAGCGUAUAGCCAGAGCCCGGGAGGCCCUUGACCACACUGUGGAGUACGUGGCCCAGAACACUCCAGCCAUGUGGCUGGUGGGCCCCUUUGCUCCUGGGAUCACAGAGAAAGCUCCUGAAGAGAAGUAGGGAGAAGCCUCCGGGCCAGCAUCUGUCUGGCCUGACCACUUUUCCCAGCAAUCCUAUUGCCCAGAAGGGUCCUCUCCUACUCUGAGUCUGAAUGAGACAUGUGUUUAACCUAUU